CCUCCAUUACCACUCCCUGACCUGGAUAUGCGCACAACAUGUCUCACCUCAGCGAGUCUGAAAUGUAAGCCAGCAGGCAGGAAAGCAGAAAGGCUGGACGGCUGUGCCAAAACCGGAUGGUUUCCGUCCUCUGGUCUGACGCGGACCUGUCAGUAGUAAGACGGCUGCCGCUUGCCAGCUGAGUCACUUCCCUCAGAAGAAGGCGAGACACGGGAAGCAGUGGAUGGACGCAACAUGGGCUCGGACGAGGCCUACAAUUUUGUCUUCAAGGUCGUCCUGAUCGGCGAGUCGGGCGUGGGCAAGAGCAACUUGUUGUCCCGCUUCACCAAGAACGAGUUCAACCACGACAGCCGCACCACCAUCGGCGUGGAGUUCAGCACGCGCACGGUGCAGCUCAACGGCUUCAACAUCAAGGCCCAGAUCUGGGACACGGCGGGACUGGAGCGCUACCGGGCCAUCACGUCGGCGUACUACCGAGGUGCAGUGGGAGCCCUCCUGGUUUAUGACAUCACCAAACACCUGACCUAUGAGAGUGUGGAGCGAUGGCUGAAGGAGCUAUUCGACCACGCCGACCCCCACAUUGUGGUCAUGCUGGUGGGCAACAAGUCCGACCUGGAGUCGGAGAGGUCGGUGCCUACGGACGAAGCCAAGGACUUUGCAGAGAAAAAAGGUCUGUUGUUUUUGGAGACCUCCGCUUUGUCAUCAACUAACGUGGAGGCUGCGUUCAACACUGUCCUUACAGAGAUUCACAAGAAGGUGAGUAGUAAACAAGUAUCUCGAGGUUCCAUCACCGCUGUCACCUUGAACACCCCAAGAGUGGAGCCCACCGAGGAAAAGAAACCUUGCUGCAAGAAUGUCUAAGCUUCCCAAGGAGCGCGGGGGAGGCACGGGUCAUGAGACUCCUCUUUAAAAAUGACUGAUUUGAACAUAUGCCAGGCUGGUGUAAUGUGAAUAAACGCAAUAUCCUGCCUGUUGUAUUGUACAUCUUGGGUUAGCUGUAAUUUAAAUAAUUAAACUGGAAGGUGUUCUAAUGUUUUUUUUUUAAAUACACGUUAAGAGGGGAAGCUUUGCUUGCUGUCGAAUGUGAAGUGCGUGUGUGUGCUACUGCUGAAAUAAAUAAUUUGCGAUCAUUUUGACUAUUGGAUGUAACUGUGCUUUGUUAUAAAGUGGUGAAUAAAUAGAAGUUUUGCUUUAA